CGUGCUCUGCCUCUGCGAGGUCUAACACACGCUUUCCUCUGUGUGCACUCGUGAGUCUUUGCGUGAGCAAGGGGUACGUGAUGACAUCACUUACAGGAAAAGCCACCAUGUGGAUUUAGUGCCAGUCUACCAACAAGAUUCUGGUCUGUUUAAUAGGAUCCAGAACUCCUCUCCCUGUGAGAAUAUGGGAGAGUUCUGUAAGGACUCCUCUCCUCCUCUCCUCUCCUCUCCUCUCUACUCUACUCACUGGACAGAGAGCGACCCAUCAAUGGAGCCCAUUCACCAAAGGGACCCUUUAAAGACCUCAUUAUUUCCUCCUUUCACAUGGUUUCAAUCUUGUGUGGAGGAAUUCUCCACAUAGCACAAGUGACAGGAGCUCCAGUGUCCCAACACUAAAGCAGGACCACUGAAAAUAACACAGUGGUGUCGAACCACCACGGGCCUCACAUGCACAAUGAAAGUAGUCUUUAUCCAAUUUAGGAGGGAGGCGGGGGUGGUAGGUAGGGAGGGAUGGCUAAAUUAGUAUUAGCUGAAAAUUAAUUGGGAUUAUGUUGUAUUUCACUGCAUUCCGCAGUCGUCUUAAUGUUGAGUAGGGUAGGAAUGCCUGUUACAAAAUUUCAACUUGGAGUAAAACUAUCUUUAUGGUUAUAAAAAUCUAUAAUUCCAUUAUUUAUGUAUGAAUGGACAAGUAUUCAGCCAGUCUUCGAUUUGCCCUCUAGAUGUCACCAUUGUUGCAGUGCUAGACAGCUUGUGUGCGUCUUCUAAUACCAGUAGUGGUAGAUAUUUCCCCUCGAUUAGAAAUGUUGACACGGAUGUUUACCUGCGGGACAUGCCACACCAAGAAGACCUGGCCCAAAAGCUUCUCUCCGGAAGAACUGAGGAAGCGCUUGACACCUAUGCAGUACCAUGUUACUCAGGAAAAGGGCACAGAGAGUGCUUUCAGGGGAGAAUAUACAGACCACAAGGAGGAGGGGACAUACAGGUGUGUUGUCUGCGGCGCCCCUCUGUUUAUGUCAGACAAGAAAUUUGAUUCUGGCUCAGGAUGGCCAUCCUUUUUUGAUCUGAUCAAAGAAGAAUCAGUAACACUGACAGAUGAUUUCUCUUAUGGCAUGCACAGAGUGGAGACUAGCUGCAGUCAGUGUGGUGCUCACCUUGGACACCUCUUUGACGACGGCCCCCAGCCCACUGGGAAGCGCUUCUGCAUAAACUCCGCCUCACUCAACUUUCAGCCAAAAAAUGUUGCUCUUGAAGGGGCAGAACCAAGUGGCGCCACAGGCCAAUCGUCAUCUUCUACUAAGAGUGAGCUUUGAGGGGAAUUUCGGUAGACCAGUCAAGUAUUAGAACAUUGACGGAUAUCCUUUAGAGUUCACUCCUGGAUGACCAGGGUCAGGUAAAGCCUGAUGCAUUACAGGUGAGCCUAGCAAUAAGACAGGUAUGUCCUCCACCAACCAGAAAGCUAUUCAGUAGCAGUACUUUAAACAGCAUUAUUUCAAUGGCCUUGACUGAUCUGCUCUACUAGUGAGUCACCCAUAAAUAUCCCCUUAUUACAGAGAUGCAUGUUACCUGAAACGGCUCUCCAGGAAAUCUACUGUGUGCUACUGCUUUUACCAUCUAUCAGUGGUUUUGAUAGAGCAAGACUAUGGACCUUGAGAUUUUCCUUCUCAAAUUAUAUAGUGGAACAUUGUUGCUUGGAAAUGAACUAUAUAUGUGUACUUUCACAGAGCGAUGUGUUGUUUUUGAAGUGAUAUUUGAUAUCGGGAGGUCGUGGGUUUAAGGAAAAUGCUAUGCAAAGUGCUCCUGUGAGCGGUAAAAUAAACACCAAGGAGAGAACAAAGCAUUCUUUCAAAUAAAAUGGAACAUAUGACAAAUGUUUAGUCUGAACACAAAUGUAGCUUGAAUUUUAAGGGUGGGUUUUUUUGUCUUCCUGCUUGUAGUGCCUCUUUUUCUCCUUGCCUUGCCUUUUUUUUGGGGGGGGGGUUGAUUUACAGAUGGUGUUGACAGUUGUGAUUAAACAAUUAUUAUUGAGUCC